GGAACUUCUUCAGGAUGGAGAGCUACAUUUCUUGCCUGUGCUGGAUUCUUGGGAUUAUCUGAGAUAGUCUGACCCUCAUCCACGUUUAUCUUUUUGACAAGGCAUAUCCUUUCUUCAGGAGAGGUUUUCUCCAUAUAGUACACUUUGAACCUUGACCAGUUAAGCGGCACACCAGCAAUAUGGAGGAGGAGGAUCUAAGUGAAAGAGGAUUGCCACAAAUUGCUUCAAUCAUGAAUAGAGUUAGAGACUUGAAAAACAAAUACAGAAAUGAAGACAAUAUCACAGAUGAACUUAACUGUACUAAAAUCUCAGCUGAUACAACAGAUAACUCUGGAACUGUUAAUCAAAUAAUGAUGACAACAAAUAAUCCAGAAGAUUGGCUGUGUUUUUUGCUCAGGCUAGAGAAAAAGGGUAUUCCUCAGACGGAUGUUAGCCUACUGAAUAGACUCAUUGGUCGUUACAGUCAAGCGGUGACUGCGUUACCUGCAGAAAAGCAUAGUCAAGAUGAGAGCUAUGCUCGCAUCCUUGUGAGAUUUGCUGAGUUGAAAGCUCUUCAAGAUCCAGAGGAGGCACGGGACCAAUUUCAUCUGGCCAGGCUGAACUGCAAGAAAUUUGCUUUUGUGCAUGUGGCUUUUGCACAGUUUGAACUAUCACAAGGUGUGUAG